AUGAAGUGGGUAAGUUUGGUUCUGUUGAUAGCAGCCUCCUGCUCUGCUAUCGAGCUGAAGACGAGGAAAGGAAGUCUCCAGGGUACUGAGGAAUCUUCCAGGAAUGGCAGGAAGUACUAUGCCUUCAGGGGUGUACCCUAUGCCCAGCCACCAGUUGGAAAGCUCAGGCUUAGGAAUCCUCAGCCCCACAAUGGUUGGAAGGGUAUACUUGAUGCCACAGAAGUUGCACCACUUUGUAUUCAGAAAUAUAUAUUUGUCCCUGAAUUAAGAAACACGACCUUAGGCCAAGAAGACUGUUUAUUCCUCAAUAUUUACACACCCAGUGUUGAUCCAAAUAAACAUCUCCCUGUAUUAGUGUACAUACAUGGUGGCGGAUUCAGAUGUGGUGUACCUGGUCCAAAAGAGAGUCCUACAUUUUUCAUGGAUGAAGAUGUGAUUCUUGUUACAGUUCAUUAUCGUCUUGGAACACUUGGAUUUUUAUCCACUGAAGAUCGUCUAAUACCUGGAAAUUUCGGAUUAAAGGAUCAAGCAAUGGCACUGAAGUGGUUAAGUGAAAAUAUUAAUGACUAUGGAGGGGAUCCAGAUUCGGUAAUAGUAUUUGGAGAAAGUGCUGGUGGCGCAAGUACACAUUAUCUUAUAACAUCUCCACUGUCGAGAGACCUUGUAAAAGGAGCUAUCUCACAAAGUGGAGUUGUUGAUGGAGUAUGGGCACUGUCAUAUCCUGGUCGUGCAAAAGAAUUAGCUGAGGGGGUUGCAAAAAUUGUUGGAUGUAGUUCUAGCCCGUUAUUGGAAUGUUUUCAAUCAGUAGAAGCUGAAAAGUUAAUAGCUGCUGAACUUGAUUUUCUGGAAUGGGAUUUCGACCCUGCUGUAAUCUUUCAACCUGUUGUGGAGGAAGAAAAUGAAGGAGCUUUUAUGACUGAAGAUCCGCGGAAAAUAAAAGUGUCACAUCCAUGGAUUACAGGGUUUAGUAAUGGAGAAGGGCUCUUAAAAACUGCCGCUCUUGUUAAUCAAGAUGAAUCAGUUGUGGACGACUUUGUGAAAAAUAUUGAUAAAUUAUUGCCAAAGAUUAUGUUUAUUAACCCCAAUUCUCCAGGAAAGGGUCAGUUUGUGACUAUGGUUAAAGAAAGGUAUUUCAGAAAUCUCAGUGAAAGAAAGCAAGUUGUAGGUCAACUAGAAUCAUUUUACAAGGAUCUGUUCUUUGUAUAUCCAAUGGUGCAAGCCCUUCAAAGACACAUUGGACCAAAAUAUGCCUACCUAUUGAGUCAUAGAGCUGAAAACAGUUUAGCUGAUAGGAUGGGAGGUGUAAAAUUAAAUUCUCCAAUGGCAUCUCAUGCAGAUGAGCUGUUGAGUCUUUUUGACUGGUCUACUAUUUUCCCUGAGAGUAAAGGGAGACUCGAGGACAAAAAAGUAUCAGAACUUCUUGUAAAAAUUUGGGUUAAUUUUGGGAAGAGCCGAAAUCCUAAUCUGGAAGGUGUUCCUGUGAAAUGGAAUCUCUAUUCAAGAGAUAAUUUACUUCAUAUCCAAACUGAAGAAACAAAAAUGGAAAAUAUUCCAUUUGAUGAAGUAGUAGAAUUCUGGUCGAAAGCAUUUGCUGUCCUGGAAUCAGUACAUGGAACAGUGAAAGAGGAGCUGUAA